AUGAAACACCACCAUAAGCUCACGGUGGCUUUAUCUCUCAUUUGGGCUGCGUCGAUCCUCUACGGCGAGAUGUUCGCCUUCUGGCUUCCUUCUCUCUUCACUUGUUCCUGGCCUCACCAUCAUCUUCUUAAGACUGAUGGAGUGGAGAGUGAUGGGAAGUUUACAAAAGUAGCCAUUGUUACUGAUCCACAGCUCAUGGAUAAGACAUCGUUUCGUUUGUCUUCAAAGACGCUUGCUUUGGAAGUUGCUCAGUUCUACACUGAUAUCAACAUGCGACGAUCAUUCUUUCAGUCUGUCUUGCCUUUUAAACCCGACGUUGUUUUGUUUCUCGGUGAUUAUUUCGAUGGCGGGCCAUUUCUCCCCGAGGAAGAAUGGCAGGAAUCUCUAAGCCGGUUUAAACAUGUGUUUGGUUUGAAUUCACAAGGCAGAGUUGGGGACAUCCCUACAUUCUUCAUCCCCGGGAACCAUGAUCUUGGCUAUUCUCGGGUUGCGUCUCAUAAGCGAGAUGUGAUUGAUCGAUACGAGAGAGUAUUUGGGAUCAGAAACCGCAGAUUCAUGAUUGGAAGUAUCGAGUUCAUUGGCAUUGAUGCACAAGCUAUUGAUGGGAAUCCUCAGAAGGAUUUGGCAUCAGAUGUUUGGAAGUUUGUACAAAAUGUCUCCUCCGAUGCAAAGUCACAUCCUAGAGUUUUAUUGACCCACAUCCCAUUAUAUCGGCCUGAUCAGACCACAUGCGGCCCUCACCGUGGUUCUUCUGUCAUUGAUCAGCGGUUAUGGCGCCAUCCUCAAGAUCAAGAAGUAAUGUACCAGAAUUACAUCACUCUCGAAUCAUCAAAGAAGUUACUAGAGUUGAUCAAACCCAUACUCGUUCUGUCUGGCCAUGAUCAUGACCAAUGUACUAUAACCCACAAGUCGAAAGCAGGAUCUGUAACUGAGCAUACUGUAGGUACUAUAAGUUGGCAACAAGGAAAUUUUUAUCCGUCGUUCAUGCUAUUAUCUGUUGCCAACGCCGUCCAUCAAAACUCAUCUGAUCUAGAUAAUAUGUUGCACACCCAAUUAUGCUUCCUUCCGAGCCAAUUAUUCAUCUACAUGUGGUACCUUUCUCUAUUCGUCUUGACCCUUCUUGCUCUCCUUCUCUGGCCAAAUCAUGGAAUAAGCUUCUUAAACAACGCUGCAGACUGUAUCUCAAAUGUAAUGAAGAUAAGCUUUUUAAGCGGUGUAACCAAGGAGAAGAACGAAGAUGAGAACUGUGAGUAUGAAAUGAUGUGGGACGCAGAAGGAUCUAUGCAUCUCGUUAAGAAAGCUCUUCAGACUCCCGUGAAACGUCAAAGCGAUAAAUCUCCUGUAGAAAGGGGCAGCGCGGUGAUGAGAGCAGCGGCUAGGAAGAACGCGAGCGAACAGAUCGAAGUUGUGAUGGACUCAAACGCGAAUGCAGGUACUGGUGGAUCUGAUUCUUUGAUGAGAUCAGCAUCGAAAUCAAGAACCAAACUUGUGAUCCAGAGAGUGGUACGUACAAUCAUGAUGGUCAUAGUUAUUGCGGCACUAAACGUUCCCAUUUACAUGAUGUUGCUGUUCAAAGAUUGGAUCGAGAAGUAG